UGUUUACAAAGUGUAUGCAUAAUGGUCCCAAAACAACACAGCAUCUUAGUUAUCGUGCAUUAAAAGAAGCAGAGAGUAUUUUCCCCCAUAUUUGAGACGCAUGGCAUAUUUGAUGACACCAUAUGGUUUAGUGGCAUGUUGAAACCACUUACAUGUUUAGUUCUUCAGAUGCAUUUUAGCUCUUUAGUUCUUAGAUGUUUAGAUCUUCAGAAUUAGCCAUGUGAGACGGCAUAAUUUCGUCCACAUUUAGUUCUUUAAUUUACAUACAAACUCGAUGCUUUUUUUUUUAGGAUAUAUUCACUCUUCCUCCUCAGAUAGAAAAUUUGCCUAGAGCAGUUGGCAGGUGAACAUGCAGUGAUUUUAAAACGUGAUCUCAAAGAUAUGUGUUCAGUUAGUAAGCUGAACGAGCAGGAGUAUCUUAUGCUUGUCUAUGCCCUCCUUGCACAACCAAACAGCACAACAUAUAAUUUACUGUAAAAUACAGGACUGUAAAGCCGGACAUCCGCAGUGACGCUCGUGUUUUUUUUCUUCCUUGAAUUUGAAUUUGGUACAGUGAUUGACAAGGUCCUAUUCAAAUAAAACAUCCCUUGGAAAGCUUGAACACUUUUUUCGAGCUCUGCAUGGGAGGCGUGGAGCUCUCACUUUUGACAUUCUCCCCGCAGUAGCUGUUCCUCAAGGCAGACUAGCGAGCUCUAAUGACAUCACCCAGCCACUGAAUGGGGGAAGUUUGCGUUUAAAGACAGAAAACGCUUUCUGUGAGUGAGCUAUGUUUUAAUACACGAAGACGUGUUCGGACGCAUCGAUUUAAUUGGAGCAUAAAAGCAACUCUAAACCAGACAAUGUCUUGCUAAAUUCCGUGGGAAUAGUUUGUUUUCAAAACAUCUGAGUUCACCACAUCGCCAAAAAGGUCCCACUCGGCAACGUCAGUUUAGGUUGAAGUGCACAACUCCUGAGAACCGUAUUCCUGAUGUCUGUCUGAAGGCUUGUUUUCUGUGACUGAGCGGGAAGGGGAGCAAGGCGAGACGGCAUUUUCUGGACUUGAUUUCUCGCCUAUGGACGACAGCAGUCCCCUUUCUCCAAAGGCAAAUGCUUUCAGUAUUGCCUCUCUGAUUUCAGCUACAGAGCAAGCAGGAAACGGCACUUUUGACAAACCUAGCACUGGCCUGGACAAGCACGACCAAGAAACCUGCCACAGAUCCUUUAAAAUGCAUUACAGUACUGUCACAAGGGAGAUGGAAGGUAUGGACACACUCUUGUCAAUGAUUUAGCAGAACAUAACAGCCAUGUGUACGCAUCAUAAUCCUGGAAACAACCGUUCUGAGCGUUUAAAACGUUACGUAUCAAGUCGUAAGUAACUAAUAAGAUCAAGCAUAUACAUUAAAGACAUGGAACUACUCACACUGCGUACAGUAAAAGGGGCGGUAUUCGUAUUUUAAUAAAUUGCUGCGUAAUGUACAUAAUAAUACAUAUGUAUUGACUAGAAACUAACUUUCGACAGGUUAUUUGUUAAAUAUGGGCACAGUAGAAAGUCUAUGGAUUUCAGAGAAUAAAUCCUAAAGCUUGCGUAGACUACAAAGCAGAAAAACGUUGAAAAUCGUAAGAAGGCUGUAAAUCGAUCUUCAAAAUCCUCCACGAGAUAUCCAAAUAGGCGAACCCUGACUGCACCGAUCUUCGUGAGAGUAGUAUGGACGAGAGCAUGUGGGAUACCAGUCUGUAUUAGACAGAUGGAAAAAAUGUCGAUAACAUGGAAGUAAGCUACUCAACAUUGUCUAGCCUGUGAGUCGUUUCUCCCUGUAACAACAGCAGAAAACGCAAACGUAUUCUUGGAUCACAACAGUUGAGAGCGCAAAAACAUGUGUUUGUUAGUUCAUGCAGAGUAGGUGUUUGUUUACCGUGCUAAAAGUUUACACUCCGUUGUGCCACCCAUUCUAUUGUUAGAGGGCGAUGUGGGCGAUACCCUUAUCCAAAAGUAAAUGGGUGCCGGAAAGCCCAUUAAAAGGGGCGCACUUCUCUGUCAAUCAGUCUCGUCCCAAGGCGAGGAAAGGCACAUUACCUGCAGUUCCUUAUCUAAAUAGAAAUAAGAACCGGUUUUAUCGUGAAGGGGAGGCCCUAUGACAGAGAUAAGAAGAACGUCUGGAUUGCAGCUUAGCACAGAGCAGUAGUAGUACAGAGCGGAGGCCGCUUGGAAUACAUCUCAACGCAAUCUCUCGAAAACAACAGACUCUAUAGUCAGAUAUUCGAGUCUUUAUUUUGUGAUUUAAAGUCGAAAGCGCGUACGAGACGUCAUUUAAAACGCUAAAAGGAGGAUAACAGUAACGAUUCACUUUCGACAUUUUUCAUUUUGGGGCAGUUUGGUCAAGUAUUCUUGCGCAGGAACCACGAUAACAUAUGCCCAGAGAGAAGAUUUGAUAUAGUAGCACUAUCACACUGGAUGAACUGAAUGGACUAAAGAGAAAGACUUUUGAUGCCUCGUACGGAAAGCGUUUCAAAGAACCCUUUCACUUUGAGAGGACUCUAUGAAACUUUAUUUUUAUCUUGAUAACGUGUCAACUGUUUAGUGUUGUUUUGCAUACAAGACUCAAGUGCACAUUGUAAAUCCAGUUUUUGGAAUGAUUUCAGCAAUAUCCAGUCCGUGGCUGACGCAGCUGUCCCAUUUUUGCGAUGUUGCAGCCUUCACGACCAGCAGCCUGAACAGUCUCAAUACACCAGGGAGCUAUCAUCUCUCGCCUUCCCCUGGGGACCCGUACAGUCAGCAUGACACCCACUUUGAGCCUUGCCCGGCGGCCCAACAUAGCUACAACUACACGGGGUCGAACCCGACCCAGGCCCAACAGGGCGACACUGGGACCUCGAACUGUUCCUCGUCGUCUUCUAACUCACCGCCGAACAAGUCGUUGGUGAAAAAGAAUCCUAAAGUGGCCAACAUUAACGUUCAGCUGGAGAUGAAAGCUCUUUGGGAUGAAUUCAACCAGCUUGGGACUGAGAUGAUUGUAACCAAGGCUGGCAGGCGAAUGUUUCCAACUUUCCAAGUCAAAAUAUUCGGAAUGGACCCCAUGGCUGACUACAUGCUUUUAAUGGAUUUUCUGCCGGUCGACGAUAAAAGAUACAGAUAUGCUUUCCACAGCUCAUCAUGGCUGGUCGCUGGUAAAGCUGACCCCGCAACACCUGGCAGAGUUCAUUACCAUCCCGAUUCCCCUGCAAAGGGUGCACAGUGGAUGAAACAAAUAGUCUCCUUCGAUAAAUUAAAGCUUACCAACAAUUUACUGGAUGACAAUGGCCAUAUUAUUCUAAACUCCAUGCACAGAUACCAGCCUCGAUUCCACGUAGUUUAUGUCGAUCCUCGAAAAGACAGUGAGAAGUAUGCUGAAGAGAAUUAUAAGACCUUUGUUUUUGAGGAGACACGAUUCACCGCCGUUACAGCAUACCAAAACCACAGGAUUACUCAGCUAAAAAUAGCCAGCAAUCCUUUUGCAAAGGGUUUCAGAGACUGUGAUCCAGAGGACUGGCCCAGAAACCACAGGCCUGGUUCUCUGCCAAUCAUGAGUGCCUUUGCCAGGACAAGAAAUCCAAUGUCGUCUCCUCCACAGCAAAAUGGCACAGAAAAAGACAGCAGACGGGAGUAUGACCGCGACCCCACCGGCACUCCCAUCCACGGCGACCCAGCACACCAGCUGAUGUCACGCGUCCUGAGCCCUGCUUUGCCGGUGCCCGGCGGGCUCCAUGCCGUGUCCCUCACAUCCGGGCCCCGCAGCCCGCCCCAUGAACUACGCAUCGAGGGCCACCAGCCCCCCGACACCCUGCACCACCACCCCUACAAAUACCCCACCACUUAUGAACACUACCUGGGGGCCAAGGCCAGGCCCUCACCCUAUCCCAUACCCGGCAUUCGCGGCCAUGGCUACCACCACCACAUGAACCCCACAGCCGCCAACAUGUACUCAGCCACCAACGCCCCGUCCAACUACGAUUACGGGCCCCGAUAAUGGCUCGCCCAUCCAGUGGCUGUGCACCAACCACACACUACACGCUAUGGAAACUCGAGCUGUGGCUAUCCAACGUGCUCGCUGGGAAAAAAAAGUACAAUUAAAGAGCCUCACAGCGCAUGUUGCUGUGAGACUGAAGUGGCGCGUUGUUCCCCAAUCUCCCCACUCCUUCUGCGCAGGAUACUUCAGAUGGAGCAGACCCUGCCGUAUUUAUUUAAAAGGGGAACCGUCUCCUUGUAGGUGGUGAGAGCUGGUUCCUCGGACACAUGUGAGGGCUGUGUAUGGUCCUGCGGGGUUUGAGCUGCGACAGCUCCAAGCUGGGGCGGACAGGCUCUGCUGUUGGUGACGGCUCAGGAUAAGCCCCUCUACACACGCAGGAUGCAUUAUCACAGACUGGAAUUUAAUUUUUUGUGUUGAAUGCACUUUUGUAUUUUUUUUGUUUUUGUUUUUUGUUGUUGGGUGUUUCAUUUUUUUUUGCUUUCAAAAAGCCAUAAAUUAUAUACUCUUGAGUCCAUCAAGCUUCUAGAUAAAGGACAUAUUGCAUGUUGCGCUCAUCUGAAGGUGUUGAAUUACCCUAAAAUGAUUUUGUUUGAAAAGGAAUAUUUUUGUGAAAUGCUAGAACACCCUCAGCAGUCCCAAGAAGCUUGUACCAUGGCACUGACUUACAGCAAUUCUAAAUGAAUAGGCAGAGUGACCUUGCUGUACCUGUAAAAUAAACAUUAAAUUCUUUACAGUAAACAUCAUUUUCCAUCAGCUCUUUUCUGUCAGCAGUCAUUUUCUUCUUGAAAAGGAAGAAAUGGCGUCACCUGGCAUGGCUUAAACUACAGCAAGCCAGUUUCAAACUGAGAAUGCAGCCUUCCAAUGCAAAUAAUUGAAAAUAACUGUGCGUCUACACACUAAUUAGAGAACAAGGUGAGAUAUAAUAUCAUUUACCCCAUUUUCAUCAGUAUAAUUAAAUAUUCAUGCCACUUUAGUCAUAUGCUCCUAAACACUAAU